GGGGAAGAGCGCACUAUGAAGUCCGUUCUGUUCAGCCGCUUCUUCAUUCUCCUGCCUUGGAUCCUAAUCGUCAUCAUCAUGCUCGACGUGGACACGCGCAGGCCAGCGCCCCCGCUCACCCCGCGCCCCUACUUUUCUCCCUACGUGAUGGGCCGCGGGGGAGCCCGACUGCCGCUCCGCAGGGUUGGUCCCGACAGCGGCCCCGGGCGUAGAUGGGUGAAGCGCAACGAGUCGCGGCCACAGCCACAGCCGCGGCCCGAGCCGCCUCUGCCCACCAUCUAUGCCAUCACGCCCACCUACAGCCGCCCGGUGCAGAAAGCCGAGCUGACCCGCCUGGCCAACACUUUCCGCCAGGUGGCGCAGCUGCACUGGAUCCUGGUGGAGGACGCGGUGGCGCGCAGCGAGCUGGUGAGCCGCUUCCUGGCGCGGGCCGGGCUGCCCAGCACACACCUGCACGUGCCCACGCCGCGGCGCUACAAGAGGCCGGGACUGCCGCGCGCCACGGAGCAGCGCAACGCGGGUCUCGCUUGGUUGCGCCAGAGGCACCAGCACCAGCGCGCGCAGCCCGGCGUGCUCUUUUUCGCCGACGACGACAACACCUACAGUCUGGAGCUGUUCCAGGAGAUGCGAACUACACGCAAGGUCUCUGUCUGGCCAGUGGGCCUGGUUGGCGGGCGACGCUAUGAACGUCCGUUGGUGGAAAACGGCAAAGUCGUUGGUUGGUACACCGGCUGGAGAGCAGACAGGCCUUUUGCCAUCGACAUGGCAGGAUUUGCUGUCAGUCUUCAAGUCAUCUUGUCCAAUCCAAAAGCCGUAUUUAAGCGUCGUGGAUCCCAGCCAGGGAUGCAAGAAUCUGAUUUUCUAAAACAGAUAACAACAGUUGAAGAGCUGGAACCAAAAGCAAAUAACUGCACCAAGGUUCUCGUGUGGCACACUCGGACAGAGAAGGUUAAUCUAGCCAACGAGCCAAAGUACCACCUGGACACGGUGAAAAUUGAGGUAUAAAUUGAAGAAACUGAAGCAGCAACUGGUGCAGUUUGCCUGGCUGGUGGACGUGGGAGAGGACGUUUGGAGGUCAGGCUGCCAAACAUUCAGGUAUUGUUCACUUUACUUCAGUACAGCAGCCUUGACUGUCAUCUGAUGGACAUCUGUUUAAGCAGAGCUUGCCAGUUAACACGGCUGACUGGAUGGUAUAAAGUGUGUGUUUUUUGUCUUCAUUUGUUCUGCAUGUUUUCCCUACAACGAAACCGGAAGUUCUUUGUACAGUACAGCUAGUGACACUGCGGGAUACACUGUGAGUAUCUUGUGUACUUUUUUUUUUUUUUUUUUUCCCAUUUGGCCUUAUAAUUGGUGGAACUGGUUUCAGAAACAAAGGACAGGUAUUUUGUUGACUAAAUGUUCCCAAUUCCUCACUUUGAAAUAUUAAGUAAUUUUCAUAUGGUUGGUGGCAGUAUACAUUGUAGGAAAUAAAACCCACAAAAAUAAAAAGGUCUAUGGAUUUAUCUGUUUAAUAUAGGGAUAUAACAUUUUGUCAAUACUAGGCACCAUAAAAUGUAAACACAAUUACUGUCAUAAACCUGGAUAUACCUUCAAGGAUUGAAAGUGGCUUUGUUUAGUUACCCUGUUUGCGUAUAGUGCAGAGAAAGGUCUUCAUGUUAUUAGCACUAUGUACAUAAGAAGAGAUCCAAAUUACAAGAGAGGCAGAUAAAAUUUGAGUUCUUUAAACAUUCGUUAAACUAAGUUUUGUAGUAACAUCCAGGUUUAUCUUCCUUUCACUAGCCACGUUCCCUGUUAAGCACAUCAUAACAACAGCACAGUGAAGUGAAUGAUGAAAUAAAAGAACUUUGAUACACUAGAAAACAGUGCUCAGUGACACAUUUACAUUCUAUUUAUAUGAUUAAACAUUUGAUCAUACAGUACCUUCCUACAGGAUUACUGGCUAAUUUGGGGGUGGGGUUUAUACUGUUAGAGGUAUUACUAACAUGAUAACUACUUCCCUUAUAUGCAAACAUUAGAGCUAUACUUUUAUCGAGAGUAAAACUGAUUAUGCAAGUUGACUGAGCAGCUUCU